GACAGUGUCAACAAAGUGCAGGUGCGCUGAUGCAUGGUAUUUAGGAAUCUAUUAAUUAUUUACGUCGGUGUGAGAGGACGUUGAACACCAACAUGUCGACGUCCAAGGAAAACAUGCAGAAACUGCAGGAGGAAUUCGACCUCCUAGAGGCAAAGCAACAAGAUGUUAGGGGUAACUUUAAACGACUAGAGGCGGCCAAGAAGGAAAAAGAUGCCAAGCAAGUCAUGGAAAGCCUGUUUGACCAGCUCAAGGAAGCUAUUGGCAUGUACGACGACGUGGCCAAGGACAUGGAAGAAAUGUAUCACGACGUUCGCAAAAAUCUAGGUCGGCGGGAGGACGGAAGUGUCCGGAAGCGACCGCCACUCUCGCCAGAGGAACAAGAAAUGACAUAUGAACUAAAAGCACAAUUAAUGAAAAAUGUUGAAACGCAAAAUCAGAGAUUGAAAUCAGAAAUAUCCUUACACGAAAAAAUGUCAGAAGCCAAAAGCCAAAGCGCACAGAACAAAAAGACGACAGAGGACGCCUCACUUUCGAAAACAAAUUCACUCCGACUCAUGAAGAUGUUUGAGAAGAAGGCCAAAGAUUCUGAAACAAAGUUAAAAGAUAUGCAGUCAGAGCUCUCUAAAUCCCAACAGUUAGCAAAAAAGUACCAACAGUUAUAUGAGAUGGAGAAGAGGAAGAUGGGCGGAGGGAUGGAGGGUCCAAGUAUCACGCCUAUUUCAAUGGAAUCUGACGGGAGGGGCACACCUAAAAUGCCAAACCAGUCUUCCUAUUCCUUCAUGGGUACAGGUCAACGGGUCAACGACAUCAUCCGCAAAACUGAGGUAUUACUAGAGGAGAAUGACGUAUUAAAACGAGAGAUCCAUAGACUUAAGCAGGACAACAUGACCUUGAUAAAGAAAGCUAAACACGCCAUGACAGACAAAGACGGGCUUCUGACACGGCUAGAGACUAGUGAAGCAAACAGAAAACAGUUAUAUAAAAGACUGGACAGAGAGAAAACACAGCACACAAUGCUGUCUCGCAGUUUGACACGACAGGCAUCAGAUUGGAUAGUUUUGAAAAAACAACUUGCUCAAUUUGACGAGGAGUAUAGGUGGAGCCAGCGAAUUCUUGGUAGGCCCUGUAAAUCCGCACGGAGCAGAACAACGCAUGCACAUGCACCAAGGGGUUAAAAAUGUAUAUACGCCUAAGAGGAUGUUGCCAGCGGAAUCGUGGGGGCAAGCCAACCAGACGACACUUAAUUCCCGUUAAUUCACGCAUGCACGUGAAGAACAUAUGUUAUUCCUUUAAGAGGAGUAUGGAAAGAUUUCAUUAGAUUUCGUUAUUCAUCAUCGUGCACUAUGGUUUAUGUUAGACUUUCUUAUUGGUCGCAAGUGAAAAAUGACAUACUGAUGUACGUUGACCAAUCCACAACCUGACUGACAUUUUAUGAUAUACCAGAGUGUUUUGUGUACAUCAUUUCGAUAUGUUGUCAAAAUAUGAAAUGGUAUAUAUCGGAUACAGAUGAUUACUUUCAUAUCUGAUAAAAAAACAUGGUUAUUCAUAGCCCCAUCUUUGAAAAUAUCUGAAGUUCUUAGCUAUUUUACUGUAAAUGAAAUUAUUACCAUGCAGGAUUUUUAGUCACAAAAAACGUUCUGAUAAUUAGAUAUAUGAAUUUACAACAAAUGGAAAGAUAAUGUAUCAAAUAUUCACGUUAUGUUGUUAUUAAGUCCAAAGCAGAGAAGAUUAUUAAAACAUCAAUCUUACUUAUUUGACAUGAAAAUCCGUCAUCUAUGUGCUAAUUCACAUAUAACUUAUCCAUACGUAUUGUGAUUUCCUUGAAUGUUGAUUUGUCUACUGCGACUUUCUUUUAUAUACUUGUAUGAAAAUGCUUAUGAACAUGACACGUAAAAUAUUUAUACGGUUUAGUAAAUUUCACAAAUCUUUUUUAAGAUUCGUGAUGAUAAAAUUCAGUUUUGCCAUUUUAACCCUUGAUCCUACCCCGUUAGUUUGUUUGGAAAACAGAAAUAGUGGUAAGAUUUUCACGUAUAAAAACUGAGACCCUAUUCCGUUACUUUGUUGGGAGCACAGAAAUAAUGGUAAGAUAUUCUUGUUAUUUAAUGUAUAUGUAUGCUAGAUCGUAGAUGAAUCACGGGGAAGCCAAAUCCAUAGCUGCCAUGUAAUAAACAGCUACUUAAAGCAGACGUUGGUAAAACCGUGUAUUAUACAGACGUAACAGUGAGACCAAUCACGUACAUGUGUACAUUCAACGGUUACACCUGCUAAUCAUCUUUACUCACGAUAAUCCGUUCGAUAAGAUUACUAUAAUCCCGAAACUGUACUUUUAUAGUGUCGACUUGGCACGUUGUAAAGUUGUAUCAUAUUGAAUACAUAUAUUGAUUACAAGAAAUUAUACCUUUUUAAAUAUAAUAUUGCAUGUAUAAUUUCAAUUGAAAAUUGAGACUGAAUAUCACCAAAUGAUUUUGUAACCAAUAGCCAUGCUCCAUUUUUCGUUUAUAAAUACAGGAUCGAUCCUUAUGAUAUAAAAGAAACGAUCAUAUACUUGGAAACAACAUUUAAUUCAGUAUUAUUUUUCUUCUUAAUAUGAACUUUUGUAUGCCAUGAAUAUUCAUAAAAAUGCAAUUGUGUCAUAUUUGAAGACGUGGUGAUAGCUUGGAAUAUUCUUUCUAUCUGUAAACAGAAGCAAAUUUUUCUCUAUGGCCUCAUAAUUCUUAUUUAAAAUUAAUGAUAAAAUAGGGUAUAAGCUUUUUUCCUAAUCAUCAAAGAUGUAUAAACUAAAGGAGAUGGGAAGGGUUUUACCACGGAGGGCUCUUAUAGCUGAGCAUAGUUUUAUCAAAGAUGAACAAUUUCAAUGUAUCUUUUGGUUUCCGUGGAUGUACAUACAUGGCCUUAAGUAAGAUUUUAUUUAAUUACGAUGGCAUUUAAACGUUGAGGGUAUAUGUGUUUUAUAGUAGAAAAUGCUAUUUUGUAUUUUUUGUUACGAUAUUAUUUGUAGAAAUCAUUACAUUUACACACAUUUAGCAUGUACAUGUACUAGUAAUGCAGUUUCUGAAUUUCUUAAUUGUGUAACUAGGACUAAGCACCUUUCCCAGUUUCAUUUAUUAAUUGUUUUCAUAUUUGUAUAUAGGUAUUUGGCUUUAUCUCACACUUUUUCAAUCUAAAUAUUUUGACUUCCAACAUUGCUGAUGAUCAUGAGAUUGUACACAUGUCUUCUGCAGACCAUUUGGUUUUUCUUCCUCUUUAUUGACAAUCUCUUGCUAACGUUUGUCAAUGCGCCUUCUAGAAUAAACUAUUAGUCGUCUUUACAUAAAUAUAGGUUUCAAUGCUGCUCCUAAAAUAAAAACCCGUGACAUUUGAUUCGCUCUCAAUCAAUCAGAUGUCAGCGAUCCUUGUACGUGUCCAAAUCAGUGUGUUGCAAUAGCCGAAAGCGUGCUAUUUGAUAAAUUGUAAACCUGGAUAAGUUUGUUCUGUGAUAAUCAAUGGAUCACAAUCAAUUACAAACCAUGAAAGCGCUCACAGUUGUUCGAAAACAAUCAGUUCCCUUGUUCGGGUGUAUUAUCUACUCCUGGUAAAAGCCUAUAGUAUUAAAUGAUACAUUGCUGAAACUGUUUUCUGUAGAAACCCAAUAUAACCCUGUAUAUACUGUUGGGUUUUGUAUAAUAUUUAAUUGAUGUGAUCCUCCUA